AUGGUUCGUCCUUUGCUAUCUACCCUCCUGUGGCUUGCCACGGCAGCCGUCUCCUCGCCCGUGUUGGCCGCGACAAACCAACCCCCAACAGACAAUGGCAGCAAGACCGUUGCCAAUUCCUUCAUCAUUGAGGGCAAGACUAGCCAGGACGUGGAAUCUCUUGUCAAGACAGUCGAGGCAGCGGGCGGAAAGGUGCUUGAAAAGUUUGACUCUCCUUUCUUCUACGGGCUUUCUGUUCAGGGUGAGAUGGACGUCCGGGCCCUCGCUGCUGGGUUCAAAGUGUGGGAGGACGAAGAGAUAGGCUUGGAAAUCGGAGACGAGGCCCCGAAGCAGGCAGGGCAGAAUGAGAAAAAGACUUCGCAGCCUGAUGCCCCCCAACAGCACGAGGCGAGGGACACCAAGGGUGCCCUUUGGCCCAAUGCCAUCACGCAUGUUGACAAGAUGCACGAGGCAGGGUUUAAAGGCGAAGGAAUCAAGGUCGCCAUCGUCGACACUGGCGUCGACUACACACACGAGGCGCUGGGCGGCUGCUUCGGCAAGGGCUGCAAGGUAGCCCUUGGCGACAACUUUGCCUCCGGUGGCACCCCGGGCGACCCCAAGGACUGCUACGGCCACGGCACCGCCGUCGCCGGUAUGGUCGCCGGCUCCUCCUCCUCCGGCUACCUCGGCGUCGCCCCCAACGCCACCCUCCUAGCCUACCGCGUGCUCGACUGCAAGCACUCCGGAACCUUCGGCGGGCUGCUCAAGGGUUGGCUGCGCGCUGCCGAGGACGGCGCGCAUAUCAUCGUCUCCUCCACCGGGUGGGAGGGCGCCUGGGCCGACAGCGCCGUGUCCGUCGCCGUCGCACGCAUAGCCGCCAGCGGCGUCGUCUGCGUCAACUCGGCCGGCAACUCGGCCGCCGCCGGCGCCUUCAACGUCGUGAGCCCCGGCGCCGGCAAAGACGUGCUCUCCGUCAGCACCUUCUCCGAGAAGUUAGUCGGCGACGGCUACGCCUCGCUGGGUCCCUCGUGGAACCUCGAUGUCAAGCCGAGUCUCGGCGCGCCCGGCAUCGACGUCCCGGUGCUUUGGCUGAACAACACCUACAUGAAGCUGAGCGGAACCUCGUACGCGGCGCCGUUCGUCGCCGGCGUCGGCGCCCUGGUCGCCGAGGCGCUGAGCACCGGUGGCAAGGGCGGAGCGGUGCCAGCAAAGAUUGAUGCGGACGCGAUUCGCCACCGGCUCAUGUCGACGGCCAAGCCGCAGCAAGCGUCCUCCGGCUCCGGGCUCGCGUCCGUCAUCCAGCAGGGCGGCGGGUUAGUCGAUGCGUGGAACGCCGCGCACGCGACCACGCUGGUUGAGCCCGCCAGCCUGGCCUUCAACGACACUGAGCACCGCGUGCCCUCGCUGAGCCUCAAGAUCACCAACACCGCCGAGAAGGAGGUCACCUACAACCUCUCCAGCCUGCACGCGCCGACGCUCAACACCAUCGAGUUCAGCUACGCAGACCCCAAUCCUCUCCAAGCGGAGCGCGUCGACAAGGCCGCCGCCGACGUCAAGCUCAGCCAGGACUCCCUCACCCUCGCCCCAGGCAAGUCGGCGACCAUCAAGGUCACCGCGGCCGAUCCGACCGGCCUCGGCUUUGGCGAGCCGCCGAAACUGCUGAUCUGGUCUGGCUGGGUCGUGGUCAACGGCACGGACGGGACCAACCUGAGCGUGCCGUUCCUCGGUGCGGCCGGCUCCCUGCGCUACAUCAACAGCCUCGCGGAUGCCAACCCGCAGCUCCGGAUCGACGGGCCCGACAAGGAGCCGGUCCCCGCCGACACCGAAGCCUUCAUCCUGAAGAACCCGCCGUCGAAGGGGCAGCUUCCGGGGAAACCCGCCUCCAUCGCGCAAGCGGAUGCCGGGAAGACCGUCUCGCAGAUCCUCGUCUGGACAUACAUCCCGUUCGGGUCCCCCGAGGUGCGCUUCGACAUCGUCCCGCUCAGCAUCUGCGCGUCGUCGUCAGCGGGCGAGAACUGCGUGCCCGGCGGGAACCUGACCGAGUUCGGCGGCGUCAAGUCCAUCGGCCAAACCACCUCCUCGCCCAUGCGCUACCUCGGGCGCCACUCGGCCAACAACGACGUCACCCUCCGCUGGGACGGCAGCUACAAGCCCGGUCAGGGGGCUGCUGCUGCUGAGGUCCGGUACGUCCCUCCCGGGAAGUACCAGCUAGCGGUGCAUGUCCUGGACCACUUUGGCGACGCGGCCAACGCUUCCCACUGGAGGUCGUACAACACCAGCGAGUUCUCCAUCGCGUACGAGCACAACAUCAAAGGCAAGGCAGCGCCGACUCUCUAG